AUGACCGCCCGUCUGGUCCUGGUCAUCGGUGACCUGUUCAUCCCCGACCGGGCGCCUGACCUACCAGCCAAGUUCCAAAAACUCUUAACCCCUGGCAAGAUCGGCCAGAUCCUCUGUCUGGGCAACCUGACCGACCGUGAGACGUAUGAGUUCCUCCGCCAGGUCGCCCCAGACCUGCAGAUGGUCAAGGGCGACUACGACGUCGACUCGCCCAACCUCCCUCUCUCCAAGAUCGUCACACACGGCAGUCUGCGCAUCGGCUUCACCCAUGGCCACACCAUCAUCCCGCCCGGCGACGCGGAUGCGCUCCUGAUCGCCGCGCGCCAGAUGGACGUGGAUAUCCUGCUCUGGGGCGGUACGCACCGGUUCGAGGCAUUUGAAAUGGAAGGCCGGUUCUUUAUCAAUCCUGGCAGUGCGACGGGGGCCAUGAGCUCCGGGUUCUGGCCCGACGGCGAGGAGCCCACUCCGAGUUUCUGCCUGAUGGAUAUUCAAGGCGAUGUCCUCGUGCUGUACGUCUAUCAGCUCAAGACCGAUGCCAAUGGCGUCGAGAACGUAUCCGUGGAGAAGGUCUCCUUCCGCAAGAAUCACGCCCCGGCUUCGUGA